UAUGAUCAACCGUUCAUCUCUGAUGCACUACCAUCAUCUCUGACGAUGAUGUACACUGGUGGCUACAAUCAACCACUUCAAUCACACUCACUACCAUCAUCGCUCAAGACCUUGAUUAUGGCCUCAUUCAACUGCUACAUCAUUCCAGACACGUUGCCCGCCUCCCUCAUCAAACUGAACUUGGGCAUGCGCUUUAAUCACAGUCUCGAACGGGGCGCGCUACCCUCUGGACUAACGAGUCUGUGGUUGAACAAUGGCUUCUCAUACAUCUCCCCAAACGCACUCCCCGCGUCAUUAACAAGACUCAAGCUAAGCCACAACCAUUAUCAGACUUUGACUCCAGGAUUACUACCCGAAUCACUUCUCUGGUUGGACAUGGGCAACAAUUAUGAUGAACCUUUGGAGAUGUCCCUCCCCAAUUCAUUGCAAUCACUCAAACUAAGUCAAUAUUUCAAUCAUCCACUUCAACCAUCGUUGCUCCCAGACUCACUCACUCACUUGUUCAUUGGCGACAAGUUCAAGCGGCCGCUGUUCAGCGAGUUGAUACCACGAUCACUCACAUCACUCAGCUUUGGCAAUGACCUUCUGGCGUACUGCGCUCCAGACACAUUCUUGCAUUGUGCUGGCAUCAAGAGAUUGAUCGUGGAAGCCUUCGACAUGCCACAAACACUGUCAUUGCUACAUAAUGAUCUGUUUGGUGGACAUGUUCAAACUCUUGUUAUGAAUAAGUAUCGCAAAUCAACAUAUCCACGCACUGCCAUUGUUCAACGAUUCAUUGUUGCCAACAUAACAAGCAUUACACUUGGUCGACGGGAUAUUGGAUUCAUUCGAUGGAUUGAUUCCAAUCAUCUCAUCACCAUGUCACGUGACUCUGGACUCAAAGUACACAUUGUCCACGCAUCCAGCCUCGUC